CCCUCCUCCCCUCCUGUUUUCCUCUCCAUCUCUCUCUCCUCCUCCUCUUGCUCUGCCUCUCCAGUAUUUUCUCGCUCCCCCAGAAAGGCAGGACACAGGCAGGCGGCAGGAUGUCGAUCGUCAGCAUCGUUGCCAGGGAGAUCUUGGACUCCCGAGGAAACCCCACUGUGGAAGUGGACCUCCACACAGAGAAAGGUCUAUUCAGGGCUGCAGUGCCUAGCGGAGCAUCCACAGGAAUCUAUGAAGCUCUAGAGCUCCGAGAUGGAGACAAGAGCCGCUACAAGGGAAAAGGUGUUUUGAAGGCAGUUGGUCAUAUCAAUGACACUCUGGGUCCUGCACUCAUAGCCUCUGGCAUCAGCGUGGUGGAGCAGGAGCAGUUGGACAACAUGAUGAUCGAGAUGGAUGGCACAGAAAACAAGUCUCAGUUUGGGGCAAAUGCAAUCCUUGGAGUGUCUCUGGCCAUCUGUAAGGCCGGUGCAGCAGAGAAAGACACCCCCCUGUACCGUCACAUAGCUGACCUGGCUGGAAACACAGAGCUGGUGUUGCCUGUUCCUGCGUUUAAUGUGAUUAAUGGAGGUUCCCACGCUGGUAAUAAACUGGCCAUGCAGGAGUUCAUGGUUCUCCCUGUUGGAGCUGAAUCUUUUAAGGAGGCACUGAGGAUAGGAUCGGAGCUUUAUCACACACUGAAGGGCGUGAUCCAGGAGAAAUAUGGGCAGGACGCCAUCAACGUGGGAGACGAGGGAGGAUUCGCUCCCAACAUCCUGGAGAACAGUGAAGCUCUGGACCUGCUCCAGACGGCCAUCGAGAAGGCCGGCUUCACAGAGAAGGUGGUGGUCGGGAUGGAUGUAGCCGCCUCAGAGUUUUACCGUGACGGUAAAUACGACCUGGACUUCAAAUCUCCACCUGAUCCAUCGAGACACAUCUCUGGAGAGGAGCUGGCCGACAUCUACCAGGGCUUUGUCAACAACUACCCAGUGGUGUCCAUUGAGGACCCAUUCGACCAGGACGACUGGGAGGCCUGGUCCCGUCUUACAGCUCAGGUCGGGAUCCAGGUUGUUGGCGAUGACCUGACGGUGACCAACCCAAAGAGGAUAGAGAAGGCUGCAGAGGAGCGAGCCUGCAACUGUCUGCUGCUCAAAGUCAACCAGAUCGGCUCUGUCACUGAGGCCAUACAGGCGUGUAAACUGGCUCAGGCGAAUGGUUGGGGUGUGAUGGUCAGCCAUCGUUCAGGAGAGACAGAGGACACCUUCAUCGCUGACCUGGUGGUUGGACUGUGCACUGGACAGAUUAAGACUGGCGCCCCCUGCAGAUCUGAGAGACUCGCCAAGUACAACCAACUCAUGAGGAUCGAGGAGGAGCUAGGCGACCAGGCACGCUUUGCAGGCCACAACUUCAGGAACCCGAGCGCUCUGUGAAGCUUUCAGACACAUGAAUGACUCACACGAACACACAAACACAAACAUGUUAACUGACAGACACGACACACAUGUAAGAGCCAUGUACAGUGAAUGAUGCCACAGAUUCAUGAAGAAACACAGGAGCUGAAGAGCCAAGCAAAAAAUAAAAGAAGAUUAAAUAAAAAUAAAUUAUGCACUGGACUUGUAGGUAGGGAGGUGAUGCUGUAUGCACACAGACACAUUAGAUGCAACACUCGCUCACGCACAUGCAGGGGAGAACUCUAAAAAUGUCAAAUUAACAAGCCAGACAUGCACUGUUACUGUAGUUUUAAAGGAAUAGUUCAUGUACAGCCAGAGGACAAAAAUAAAGAUUAUUGUUGUAAAAAACAGAGAUUAAUACGUAGAGAUAUAAUAGAUUAAUGUAGACUGACGCACGCAACUGAAAGAGAUAAAAAAAAAAUUUAACUUUUCACACCAAAAGAAGACGAUGUAUUUGUAGAAACACAAACAGCUGUUUCAGGGACUGAGUAAAAAAUAACAACACACACACCUGAACCACACUCGGCUGUGUCACACUGACAAACCUGCACUCUCACUCCCGUCCUCCCCCCUUCUCUCCUCUUUUGUCUCCUUUUUCUUCUUCUUGUCGUGUCCAUUUCUCAGUUUCUAAUGCUCUUUUCCCCCCACCCUGAUGUGAUUCUGAUUAUUUGUCAUUUAUGCUUGACAACUGUCUGUAAGAAGAAAGAAAGAAAAAAAAUACUGAAUUCCCUUCGUUCCUUCUGUUCCUGCUGAAUGUCCAUAGAUUAGCUGUCGAAAAAAAGAAGAAAGAGAAUAAAAAACAGAACGCUUGUCAUUGAAAAUAAUGUGAAAAUAUGUGAAAUAAAACAUGUUAAUUUACAAUUUCAAUCA